AUGUCUGGGUUAUGGCUCCUCCUGUGUCUCCUGCUCCUGGAGAAACCUUUGGCCAGGCCUCCGUUUUUUGCCCUCGGCAACAGGUGUGGAAGCCCCAGGACGAGCAUCUGUGAUUUUGUCUGUGACUGCUGGGAUUGCUCAGAUGAAAGCUGGUGUGGAUAUCGAAAGGAUUUUUUUGCCCUGGGAACGCCUUUUACUUGCGACUUUGAAGGCAGCACUUGUGGCUGGGAGGAUGUGAGCACCACUGGCUACCGAUGGGCCCCAGCACGGGCCAGCCUCUCAACAUGGGGGGCAGAACCCCCCUUUGACCAUACGCUGGGCACCGAUUUGGGCUGGUUCAUGUCCACCUCCAAGCAAAGAGCCAAGCCAUCCGCUAUCGCCCAGCUCAGAUCCCCACCAAUGAGGGCGGCAGCUGCCACCUGCGAGAUCCGGGCUUGGUAUCACCUGUGGGGACCAGGUCUCGACAAGAACCCCUGGCCCGCCUUGACGGUGGAGCUGAGCCGCAGGAAUCACACAGUGACGCUGUGGCGAAACCCCCCAAGCAGCGUCUACGCCUGGCGGGAGCUGGUUGCCUACACAGGCCGGAUCGAGGGAACUUUCCAGAUAACUUUCACUUCAACCCAGGAAUUCUCUGAGACGGUGCAACUGGCAAUAGAUGAUGUGGAGUUCAGGAACUGUGGCCUCCCACGCCCCCAGAACUGCAGCAUGGACGAGUAUCAGUGCCAGCAAGGGGGCUGUGUAGCCAAAGACCGGCUUUGUGACGGCACCAAAGACUGCAGGGAUGGUGAAGAUGAGAGUCAUUGUGAUUUGUUCAGCUUCUGUUCCUUUGAGGAAGACUGGUGUGGGUGGACUGUGGAGCCUGGCACAACCUUUUCCUGGGCAAGGAACACCAGCCUGCAGGUGCCUCCAUCUUCCGCUCAGCCCACGCGGGACCACAGCACUAACAGCCGGGCAGGCUACUUCGUCUAUGUCAGCAACGCCAACUUGGACCUGCAAGAGCGAAAAGCCUGGCUGGUCAGCCCAACUCUGGCAGCGAACCAGGGCAGGUCCUGCCACCUGGUUCUCUACCUCCACCUGCACGGCGCGGAUGCCAACAGCCUGAACAUCUAUUACCGAACCGAAACAGGAAAGCAGCUUGUCCGGGUCCGCUCUGGGGACUUGGGGAACUACUGGUUCCGGGAGACAGCACAUUUCAACAUGGCAGAGGAGUUCCAGAUCGUCAUUGAAGGGGUGAUUGGGAAGGGGCACAAAGAGAACAUCAUCGCUCUGGAUGACCUCAUCCUGUCUCCUGGCUGCCUAAAGCAAAACGGUACCCUUUCUGUCACCUCCCAGCCAGAUGUCCCUAGCCCCUGCAGCCCGGACCAGUUUGCGUGCGAUGAUGGCAACCAAUGCAUCAGCAUGGAGCUUGUCUGCGACUUCAAGGCCGAAUGUCAUGAUGGCUCUGACGAGCUGCGUUGUGGAGCCACCGAUUUUGCUCUUGGCCCCGGGGGAUGGACGGAUGUCAGUGUGGGGCGGCUCCAGUGGAGAGCCCAGCAAAGCAACGGUAGCUCUGGGUCCUUUUUCAGCCUGCAGGAAGGGCCAGGACAGAUGCUGUCGCUGGCGAGGGCUGCCACCCCUGUGCUGGGUCCCUCGGGUCUGGCCUGCGCUCUGGAGAUUGACUUCACGACUGGUCCUCAAGGGUUGCUUGCACUUGCCAUUGCAGAUGAGAGGCUGGGGACCCACCGGGUGGUGUGGUACACCCCGGGAAAUGGCACCACAGCAUGGGAGCGAGCCACAGUGCCCCUUGGCUCAAGAGACAGGCCUUUCCAGCUGGAGCUGCUGGGUCUGGAGGAUCUCCGAGGCCCACACGGGUCACUUCUCGGCAUCGGGAAUGUCACCUUUGUCAACUGCAAUGCCAAUGACUCCCUUGCUCAACCGUCAGGGCUGUCCUGCAACUUUGAGACCGACUGGUGCGAGUGGUUUAUGGAGCAGAGUGAUGGCUUUGAGUGGGAGCGAAGGGCAAACCAGGGAUGGGGUGUGGACCACACGACGGGCACAGGUUCUUUCCUUUCUGUGGAUCCUUCGGCUCCUGGGACCCAAGGUCUGCGUGCACGGCUCAUUUCUUCACUCCAGGCUUCUCCUUCCUACGACACCUGCCUUUCCUUCUGGUACCGCAUGGAGGGUCCCCAAAUUGGCACUUUGAACCUCAUUGUGAGAUAUGCUGGAGAACCAGAGCAGGUGCUCUGGACCCGGAAGGGGAGCCAUGGCAUGGUGUGGCACCGGGGAUUCUCCACCAUGCCCCAGCAGCCCGGCCAGAACUACCAGGUGAUCUUCGAGGCGCUCCGCGAUGGCUUCCUGGGUACAAUGGCUCUGGAUGACAUCACUGUGACACCCGGAGCCUGCAGGCCACAAAAGCAUUGCUCAUUUGAGACUGAUAACUGUGGCUUUUCCAUCAGCAACCAGCAAGCAUGGGAGCGGCAGAAUGGUGCUGGGGGCCAGGGCCCCCCUGUGGACCACACUCUUGGCACACCUAAAGGGCAUUACCUCUUCAUCAACACCAGUGUGGAUGCCCUGCCCUCUGGGCAGCGGGCCGCCCUGUGGUCACCCCCAGCGUUCCUGCCUUGGCUUCGCACCCACUGUGUGACGUUUUGGUACUACCUGAGUAGCAGCGAUGCAAGAUCUUUGAGUGCCUACGUGAAGGAAGGAGGCACACAAAGGGAGGUGCUGAUCAUGAGCAUGAUGCAGGCAGAGGCCUGGUUAUACGGCAACUUCACUGUAACAGUCCAGGAUGAAUGGCAGGUGGCAUUUGUGGUGGAAGGUGCUGGAGGGGGGCCCUCCUCUUACUUUGCCCUGGAUGACUUUGAAGUGAAGGAAGGGAGCUGCAGGGAAGCAGGGUCUUGCAACUUUGAAUUGGGCCCUUGUGGAUGGCGCAAACCCCAUGGAGACUGGUACAGCUGGGACUGGAAGGAUGGAGCCACCCCAUCCCAGUCCUCGUCACCAAAGGUAGACCACAUUCUUGGGACAAAAGCAGGUCAUUAUGCCUAUGUAGAUGUUGCUGUGCUGGGAAUGGGGAGGGGCACAGCCCGCCUGGCCAGCGAGCCCCUUCCUCCGACCGACGGCGCUUGCCUGCACUUCUACUACCACAUGGAUUUCCUGGGCCAGAGCUCCGAAGCAGAGCUGAGGGUGCUCCUCUCUGGCCAAGAAGGGGAGCGGACGGUGUGGCAUGCCGUGGGGCACCAAAGCCGGGGCUGGAUGAACCAAAGCCUGUUCGUGUCCAGUCUCACCAAUUUCCAGAUCGUGCUGGAAGCCACAAGCGGAGCGUGGCCAAGCUCAGAGACCAUUGCUGUGGACGAUAUCUCUUACACAGCUGGGGCUGGCUGUGAUAAGCCCCAGGGGAGCCAAGAGGAAGGUAGCAGCUCUGCCGAGGACUCUGUGGCCGGGCUGGUUGCUGGCAUUGUGUGCUCCAUCCUUUUCGGGCUUGUUGCCGCAAUAAGCACCAUCUAUUGCCUGAAGAAGCAGAAAGCAUCAGGAGCCAGGAUGCCAGAGGAGACUGCCAGCAUCCAAGGAUUUGACAACAUAGCAUUUAGAGAUGACAGAGUGAUGAUACCACAGUUGCCCAUUGACAGAGAAACAGAGUAGACCACCAUCUGAACAAACAACGGCCGGGCCUGGCACUGUUCCACAACCAUUGGUCUGCAUAGCUGAACCAUCAAGGGUGAUUUUGUUCCACAAUGCUUUAUAACAUCCUGUUUUUUGGGGGGGAAAUGUGGCUUGGUUCAUGUGGAGUGUAAUAAAAGUUUUCUUUCUGGCCA